AAGAGCCUUUAUCCGUCUUCCUCCUCACCGUCCCCACCUUCCGCUCUUCAUCGCGAGAAGCCGUGCGGUGCGUGCCGUCAUUUUUGCUCGCCGACGCGCGAGUGAACGUUCGAGGUGUACGAUUUUCUUGUCGAUGGCCGCGAUGCUGUCCAACUGUUCGCGUUUCGCGCCUCGCAUAAUCAUGCGGAGUAGCGUGUUGCGGGCCAAGGUCACGGGAUCAUUGUAUAGUCAAGGAUGCACUGUAAUUAUUCAUGCUGAACAUGUGCCCAAUAUCAAAAUCUCAUUAUGUAGAAAAUAUAAGGCAAACUGUUAUUGGAUAAAUCAAGCGAGAUAUGUACAUUCAACUUCAGCAUUAUGGGAGAUCAGGGAAGUUGUAGUCCCUGCAUUUGCCGAAAGUGUAAGCGAGGGCGACGUGAGGUGGGAGAAGAAGGUGGGCGACCAGGUCAAAGAAGAUGAUAUUCUUUGUGAAAUUGAAACAGACAAGACUUCGGUUGCUGUUCCAUCGCCUGGAGCUGGUGUCAUAAAAGAACUCUUUGUUAAUGACGGCGAUACCGUGAAGCCAGGUCAAAAAUUAUGUAACAUCGACAUCGGUGCAACUGGUGGAGCUGCAGCCGCACCUGCGGCAGAAGCGCCGAAGCCUGCUGCGGCUCCACCUCCUCCUCCACCGCCGCCACCUUCAAGAGCACCAACACCUAGCGCGACAGCACCUCCGCCAUCGCCGGAACCCGCGGCAGCUCCGAUUCCGCCUCCCGCUGCUAAGCCACCACCUCCGCAACCGCCUAUCGUAUCGAUGCCGGUUGCAGCCAUCAAACACGCGCAGUCGCUGGAAGGCGCGAAAGUUCAAUUACCUCCUGUCGAUUACACGCGCGAGAUAAUCGGCACCAGGACAGAACAACGGGUGAAGAUGAACAGAAUGCGUCUGCGUAUCGCGGAACGUCUGAAGGAAGCACAAAACACAAAUGCUAUGUUGACUACUUUUAACGAAAUUGAUAUGAGUUGUAUUAUGGAGUUUCGAAAAACGCAUCAAGAGUCGUUUACGAAAAAGUACGGUAUCAAACUCGGAUUCAUGAGUCCAUUCGUCGCGGCCAGUGCUUACGCUUUGAAAGAUCAACCUGUGGUAAAUGCCGUAAUAGACGGCACCGACAUAGUAUAUAGAGAUUACGUAGACAUUAGCGUGGCGGUCGCAACGCCCAAGGGACUCGUCGUGCCGGUGCUACGUAGUGUAGAAAGUAAGAAUUUCGCUGAAAUCGAGAUUGCUUUGGCUGCGUUAGGCGAUAAAGCCAGGAAAGGAAAGAUCACCGUCGAGGACAUGGAUGGUGGUACCUUUACGAUAAGCAAUGGUGGUGUUUUCGGCUCGUUAUUGGGAACUCCCAUCAUUAAUCCGCCGCAGAGUGCUAUUCUCGGUAUGCAUGGCGUCUUCGAUAGACCGAUUGCUGUUAAGGGGCAGGUUGUUAUUAGACCAAUGAUGUACAUAGCUUUGACAUAUGAUCAUCGAUUGAUCGAUGGACGCGAAGCUGUCAUGUUCCUAAGAAAGAUCAAAGAUGCUGUAGAAGAUCCUAGGAUUAUUUUGGCUGGCCUUUAAUAACUUGGAACACACGUUUGUCACACGUGUAUUGACAAUUUUUAUAAUCACCAUGAAUAAACAAGAGCGCGAUGUAACAGUCCGUAAAAAUUCUCGGCAGGGAGUCUUCCCGGUUCGGUAAUCUUAUCAUUGAAACGUUAAGAAACGUUUCGAAAUUUCGUUUCGAAUCUAGCAAUCUCUAUAAGCUGAACGUGGAAUGAUGUGGCAAGUGCAGUUAUAAAUAACAAUAAACGUAUUAGUCUUAUGUCUAUGAUUCUGAAUUCUUACAAUGAAAAUAUAUCGGGCCAUUUUUACUUUGUACAUUAACCUGAUUAUAUUGAACGAUUAUUGUUAUCAGAAUUUUUCGAUAUGGCAAUCGUUCAAGGUGAUUGCAUAAUCGUUAGUCAUGUUUUAUGCAAACAUCACGAUAUAUAUUUUUAUUCUCUCACAUCAUGCUUGAUUGAGCAGAGAAGUGAGCACAGAGGAAUGAAAAUCGAACUAGACAAAUACUUUAUUAAAUGUAGAUCGAAAGUAAAAUAAAAUCUCACCAAUCUAAAUGUUUAGCAUUGUUGAAUUAUGACCAUGAAUAUAUAAUGCAAUUUAAUAGAUUUUACAAAAUUCAAAGAUAAUAUGUUAUAGUUUGCACUUGCGUUAUACCGAAUAUUUCCGAAUCUGUUCAUUGGAAAUCUUUCUGCACUCGAAACAAGUGGGAUAUUAGCGAUCUUAUAUAAAUCAAAAUUGUUUUUAAAUAAAAACGAACUAACGUGGAAUAUAUAUGUUUUAGCAUAGAGUGUGGGGCAUUUAACGAUACGUUAACGUAUAAUACGUUAACGGAUACACUGCCAAAUUCUGUGUGAAUUUUUUGAAAUAUCGCUAAAUUGAGAAAAAUCUGCACGAAAGAUACAUAUAUAGAUAACAACGUGUGUUAUCGAUGUAUCGUGCAAUGUUCUUAUCACUCUAUGUCUUUACAUCGUCAAUAAUCAAUGAAUCGUAAAGAUAUGCUCUUUUAGUCUCUUGUAAAAUACAUUGUACAUUGUUGGAUAUUCUGUAUUAACGAUGAAACGCAUAUAAAGCACGCUGAUUAAAACCUUUAA